GAAGUGACCUAGGGCUAAAAUUUCACCUUUAUGGCUAAAAGUUUCCACAAUAAUUCCCUAAGUGCUGUUAGCCAAAGGUCGCGUCCAAAUCUUCAAUCAUGGUCGCUAUUCACUCGCCAUAAUCGUCAAUUAUGGUGAGUGAAACGUUUUAUUAUUAUUUUCAAUAAAACCCGACCUUCUUACCUUAAAAGAAAAUUGGUACCUUCUUUGUUCCGACGCGGGUAAAUAAUCAAGUCCAAUCAGUCGUUUACUGUUGUCCAAUACGGAAGCACGGACAGACAGAUCGAUCAGUUACACGUGUAUAAGAAUUUGCAUGUAUAAAAAAUAUUAAAAAGUACCUAAUAUGUUUUGUAGAUAAAAGUGUUUCGCUUUGCGUGCCUCGACUUCGCAGUGUGGGCAGGGUACGACAAUGAUAAAGGUGAUUAGUAUGUUGAACGACUUUCCAAGAUGGCGCUGGGUUGUGGCAGCUAUAUGUACCAUUCUAGCCGUGGGAGGUUUGGUAUUCGCUCUGGCUUUUAGCGCACUUUUUGAGUACAUUCUGCAAUCGAAAUUGGCUCUAAUACCUGGCUCGCGGGCUUACAAUGUGUGGCGGGGACCCACACUACCUCUCUACUUUGAGAUCUACUUCUUCAACUGGACCAACCCUGACGCCUUUCCUGGAGAGAAGCCUCACUUAGUACAACUGGGCCCGUACCGCUUCAGAGAGCACCGCGAGCACGUGAACGUGACGUGGAACCGAGCGGAGCACACCCUGGGCUACCGCACCUUCCGCAGCUGGCAGUUUGACGACUCCAGCGAGGGCAGCCUGGAUGACGUCAUCACCACCGUCGACGUCAUCACUGCUUCGGCCGUCCACCACGAGAAGCCCCAUCAGAACCACUUCGAACAGUAUAUGUUCAGUCUGUUCCUGAAGAACACAUUCUCAGGCCAUCGGAUUCACGUCACCAGGGCAGUCAGGGAACUCCUGUUCGAGGGCUAUAACGACUGGCUGCUGACGAUGGCUCAGGCCAUGCCCAAAGGACCUUCCGGAAUACCGAAGGUUGACAAGUUUGGGUGGUUUUAUCAGUUAAAUAACUCGUUGGACACUCACGGAUACGUGGAGGUGACCACAGGUGAACAAAGCGGGACGCUGCCAGGACAGAUCGUGAGGUGGAACCACCAGAACCAUGUUGAGUAUUAUCAGGGGAAAUGCUCAAGGUUAGAGGGCAGCGCAGGAGAGUUCAUACCAAGGAAUCUAACAGAAAAAUCGGUGCUCACAAUGUUUUUCCCAGAUCUAUGUCGUACAGUGGAUAUGACAUACAUGUACAGUGGACAGCAUAGAGGUCUGGACUACCUCAAGUUUGGAAUGGGCCCGAGCAGUUUCGAUAUCUCACCAACGUCUUCCCAGAAUUCUUGCUUCUGCAAUGGACCAUGCGAAUGGGGCGGUGUUAUGAACAUCUCUGCAUGUAGGUUCAACUCACCAAGUUUUGUCAGUCUGCCGCAUUUCCUCCACGCGGACCCACGUCUCCGCGAGCAGGUCACGGGCCUCCACCCUGACCCUGAGAAACAUUCCUUCUAUUUGGCCAUUGAGCCUAAAUUGGGCAUACCCGUAGAUGUGGCCGCCAGGAUUCAAAUAAACAUUCUUAUGGAACCAGACAAUGGAUUGUACAUAAACGUACCAAAACUGCUUUUCCCCGUAUUCUGGUUCCAACAAUGCGUGUUGAUUGACGAAGCGAUAGGCGGCGAGCUGUACAUGGUACGGAUCAUCCAAGAUUGGGGAUCCACAUUCUGUCUGGGCAACGCUCUGGUGUUCACCUUCCUCGCCCUGCUGACCUGCAACUUCUGUGGGAUACGAAGCCAGAAGACGAAGACCAAACUUACGAGAGAGACGGAGAAUACGUGAUACUCGACUUUUAGUUGUAGAAUGUCUAUUAAUUAAAAAUUAACAGUAUUAUUUCAACUUGUAUCCCAACUAAUAUUAAGUAUAAAUGCGAAAGUAAAUUUGUUUGUUUGCUACCUC